AUGGCACAGGGGUCCGAACCAAAGCCCAACGGCACAGCGCCGUCAAGCUUCCAAUCUGCCAACCAAGAAAUUGACUACGAUGUCUUGAUAGUUGGUGGCGGCCUCAGCGGCAUUUUCUCACUGUAUCGUGUGCGAGAACUCGGGUUGAGAGUCAAAGUUCUUGAAGCUGGUUCUGCUGAAGGAGGCACUUGGUUUUGGAACCGAUAUCCAGGAGCUCGAUUUGAUUCAGAGAGCUAUUCCUACAUCUUCUCCUUCUCUCAAGAAGUGCUGGAUGAAUGGGACUGGACUGAGCAUUUCUCACCUCAGGCGGAGACUUUACGCUACAUCCAGUUUCUCACCAAAAAGUUCGACCUGAAAAAGGACAUGCAAUUCAAUACGCGUAUCCAGUCAGCUCGCUUCCAGGAAGAUUCCAGGUCUUGGCUUUUGACCGAUGGAAAUGGGGCCACUUACACCUGCCGUUACCUGGUGACAGCUAUGGGUAUUCUCAACGAACCCACUCUGCCAAACAUUCCCGGAGUUCACGACUACAAGGGAGAGGCAUGGCAUACAGCCCGAUGGCCUGGAGAUGGCGCCAGUCUCGAAGGCAAGCGCGUGGCAAUCAUCGGCACAGGCGCAACUGCUAUCCAGAUAAUCCAGGGAAUUGUCAAGACAGUUGGCUCUCUGACUGUGUUUCAACGAACUCCCAAUUGGACUGCACCACUACGAAACACAAAAAUCAGUCCAGAGGAGAUGGCCGAUAUUCGAAGGCGGUAUCCUGAGAUCUUCCGGCAGUGCCUGGACUCUCACUCGUGUUUCAUACAUAUUGGUGACACGAGAAGUGUUUUUGACAUGGAAGAGAAAGAGCGCCUGGAGCAUUGGGAGGAACUUUAUGCACAGCCUGGAUUCGCCAAGGUGCUCGGUAUCUCGGGCGACAUUUAUACCAACCGGGAAGCGAAUAAACUUUACAGCGAUUUCCACGCAUACAAAAUCCGCCAACGCGUCAACGACCCCAAAGUUGCCGAGAAGCUCAUUCCGAAGAAUCACGGUUUCGGUACUCGCCGGGUCCCGCUUGAAAAUGGAUACUACGAGGCAUUCAACAGAUCGAAUGUCCACUUGGUUGACAUUACGGAAACUCCAAUUGAUCACAUCACCGAAAAGGGUAUCAAGACGAGCGAGGAAGACUUUGAAUUCGAUGCCAUCAUCUACGCGACAGGAUUCGACGCCAUCACUGGUUCGUUCCGAGCGGUGGACUUUCAGGGUAUCGGGGGCACACAGCUUACAGAUGUUUGGAGCGAGGGCAUUCAGACCUUCCUUGGCUUGACUGUCAAGGGGUUCCCCAACAUGUUCAUGGUCAUGGGACCGCACCAGAUGUUUGGAAACAUCCCCCGAAGCAUCGAGUACGCUGUAGAGUGGGUGGCAGACUUCAUCCGGUAUGCUCGAGACAAUAACAUCACAUCUGUCGAGGCUACAGAUGAAGGCAUGCGCAUGUGGACAGAUCAUGUAUGGAAAUGCGGAGAAGGUCUUCUGGCCAACGAGGUGGACUCUUGGAUGACGGGUGUAAACAAAAACCUGGCUCACAAGCAGAAAAGAUCCAUGACGCGGUACAAUGGACCUGCACCUGGGUAUAGAAAGCGGUGCGAUGAGGUGAAGGCCAGGAAUUAUUCCGACUUUGUGCUUGGAUAA